AUGGGACUUUCACUUCUUCGCAGCAAAAUACCGACUCGCGAAUCCAUCAUUUACACGGUUUGCGUCAAUGCUGUUGCUUACAAGUUUAUCGCUACGGUUGUAAAUCUUGAAGAAGACACCGACCUUGCCCUCGAGCUGAGGAAGAAUGCCAAAGAGUAUCGAGCAUCUGCGCAGGCGGCACUAAAGCAGAUACCACUGCUGAUAGCACCCUCUCUUGCGCUAUUACAAGCUAUAAUAUGUGGUAUAUUUCUUCAUCAAGGGUCUGGAGACGUGGAUUUAAGUGUGGAGCUCACCAAGGCUGCCUGUAACACCUGCAUUGACUUGGAUCUUUCAAGAAAGGCUCUGUGUGGAAAUGCAAGCGAGGAAGAGCUUUUCUGUUUCCUUUGGUGCUACACUUUGGACAGAAAUCAUGCAUUCAAAUCACGAACUUCACGAUGCCUUCUCGAUGUUCAGCUACCCUCGAAUUUCAGCGAUCUUUAUCCAACUUACGCUCCGAUGGCCGAACAUUUCUUGAUUUAUCUGGAUCUUGCUCGGGUGCAGGAUACAGUGGUUUCAUAUCUACCCGAUAGCUCAUUGAAUCCCCAGAAUCUCACAUUGCUAUAUGAUACUGGAGAAUACAUGCUGCUGCAGAUGCAAUAUAUUGAGCAACGAAUGAACAAUAUGGCUUCAUUAUCAUCUGAGUGGAAAGGACUCGACUCCCAGCCCGAAAUGUCAGCUCUGAAGUUCGCCUAUCAAUCAGUCAUGACCGGAAUCCUAUAUCUCCUCCAAACCGAUCCCGGCCAACCGACCCGCUCAAAAGAUAGCUAUCUUCAAUCAGCGCGCGAGGAACUUUUAGCGCUUGUAUCCAUGUGUCACACGGCGGAGAAGCAAACUGCAGUCAACUUUUUGAACUGGACUAUUCUACUUUAUCCAGCGACGGCAUACCUAGUCCUAUUCUGCAACGUCGUUGCGACAUCCGAUAUCGGCGAUUUCAACCUCAUGAAAGCUAUUGCUGAGUGCCUCGGUCAAACUGGAAUCAGCUACCCCCUUGUACAAUUACGAACACUCUACCAGAAAUUCCUAGGUCUUUCUCAAGAGUUUUUCAACGAUGAGCGCAAUGCGCUCCAGAGGAUUAGUUCACCUCAAUUGGGAAGUCCGAUAACUAACCCGGUUGGAAACCCGUUUGCGAUUUCGUGGGGUGCAGAUGAUCUGGUGUUCAACCAAUUCGUUUUCACUGGGGCAGAAAGCUUUUCUAGUAUGCUGAAUAUGCCAGAGAUUGAUCCAUCUCUGCCGUACAGUUUCGAUUAA